AUGACGUAUAAAAGCCCAAAACCUUCACCACCAAUAUACACCCAUUCACUUCGUCAUCCCCCUUCACAAAUGGUCGAUUGCGCCGCAACGCAUGACACACGCGCUAGCGUUCAACGUCCCACAUGUCUCAUUCUCUCAUUGGGAGAGAUCAACCAAGAAAGCACUGAACUAUCAGAACAAAUUGGACAUGAAGUUAAUAAAAUGACCGAACUAAUACAAGAAGAACUGACAACUUUGUGA